AUUUUCCGUCCUUCUCUUUUCCUCUCUGCCUCGCAAACCGCUCCCGGCGAACACCACACAUCGCUCUCCGGCCUCGUUUUCCCACGCCUUGCAUCAAUUCAUUGCUGCAAUCCGACUCCCGCUAAUCGACGUUCGAUAUUUUCCAGCGGUCGUCUGCCUCGCCUGCCUGCUGCUGCUCGUCGCCGCCGGCCGCCGUGAAAACCACAUCUCUCGGCCCAGCCAAGCCCUGUUUGCUGCUCCGAGCGCAAAAUCGCUUUCUUGCUCAGGACCCCCAGCUUUGCUCAACGAUAACCAUCGAUACGCACCGUCGCUUCAUCUUUGUACAUAGCCUCGCCGCACAUGCCGUCGAAUACGCCAGCAUAUUAAUCACCCGCCCCCUCAACUCGAACUCUCACUAAUCGCGCAGCGCGUUGUAACCCGGCUUACUACACCCGCGAUAUCUUCGACUGCAUCUAGCCGCUCUUCGAACCUGACAUCAGACGCUUGGGAUCGACGCGAUAGCCGAUACGAUACGCUGGAUCUUGCUAGCCACAUCUGCGACGUUUUUUAUAUCGACUGCUGAGCUCUAGAAUUGCAGCAUCAGCAAACCAGCAUCUGUGCACUGCCUAGCGAGUAGAGUGCGCCGGUCGUCAAACUUUCGUAAUUGAUAAUCGCUCUGCGAGAAGCAACACCAUUUAGCCUUUUCUAUUACUGCUCCGCUGUAAUUCUAGAAAAUGUCCGGAGCAGAUCUGGGCCCAGCCCAGGGAGCUGGCAAUAAUGCCAGUGAAUUUGUGAGAAAACUUUUCAAAAUGUUGGAAGACCCGUCACAUCAAGACGUUGCCCGAUGGGGCAAGGACGGAGACACAUUCGUUGUCGUCGAGGGUGAAAAAUUCACAAGAUCUAUCCUUCCCAAGCAUUUCAAGCACAGCAACAUGUCUAGUUUCAUCCGGCAGCUCAACAAGUAUGACUUCCACAAGGUUAAGCCCUCCAGCGACGCAGAGAGCUCAUGUCCUGGUGGCAACAUCCUCGAGUUUAAGCACCCAUACUUUCGCGUAGACAGCAAGGACGACUUGGACAACAUUCGACGCAAAGCCCCUGCUCCCCGCAAAACGCAGCCUACUGAGGACUUCACCACGAGCCAGCAUGUUAGCGUCAUAUCUGAACAGCUCACAGCCACCCAACAGCAGGUUCAGCAGCUGCAAGAACUGUUUGCGGAGGUUUCCCAGACAAACAGACUGCUGGUCAACGAAGUCUUGACCAUGCAAAAGAUGCUCAACGCUCAGAAGCAGGCGCAACACGAGAUGCUCAACUUCUUGUCUGUCUACAACGGUGCGCCUAACGCAAACGCCAUGAUGGCGCAAAGACGAAUGCCUACAAACGGCGCCGGCGACGGCAGCGAGUCUGUCCCCGAGCUGCAGCGUGCUAGAGAGCUGCUGUCUAGCGUCGCCCCCGAUGCCAUUGCCGACCGCGAACUGGAGCGCCUUCACGGUGUCUACGGACCUCUGACCGAUUCUGCUGCCAUGGUUACACCUGUCACCAUGCCUCUGCUGCAUGAUCCUAUCACGGAUAUUGCCCGCUAUCCUGUUUACCCAGUUGGCCAGACUGUUGGUAUCGAUCCGUUCCACUCUGACCACAUCAACAAGAUCCCAUACGCCAUGCCUGGAGACGGUAGCGGUCUUACUGAGGCUCAGGCAGCCGCCGUAUCACAAGCCGGCCUACCUGCACCGUUGCCUGGCGCCACAGCGCCUGCUGCACCUCCCCGAGACAAGUCUACUGCUCUUUGGGGUGCAAAGAAGCCAUUGGUGUUCCUUGUUGAGGAUGACCCUACCUGUGCUAAGAUUGGUAUUAAGUUUCUCAAAUCUAUGGGUUGCGAGGUGGAACAUGCUGAAAACGGUGCCGAUGCCUACACUCGAGUCACAUCUGUCGGCCGAGAUCACUUUGAUUUAAUCUUUAUGGAUAUUAUUAUGCCCAAGCUUGAUGGUGUCUCGGCAACAAUGUACAUCCGCCAACACUCGCCGUCUACACCGGUCGUUGCCAUGACCUCGAACAUCCGCCCUGACGAAGUCAACGGCUACUUCGAACACGGCAUGAAUGGUGUCCUAGCCAAGCCGUUUACGAAAGAAGGCAUGCUCAAGUCGAUCAAGACCCAUCUCGUCCAUCUACUGAAGAACCCGCCCCCUCAGCCUGACCAAGCCUUCAUGAUUGGAAACAUGCCCUACUUGAACCCCGGACAAGCUCUCAGCGCUGACGGAACCCCGAUUAAGAUGGAGGGCUCCGUGACGCCGUCUGGAAAUGGCGGCUCAACAUGGUCCCCCAGCAACAUGGGACCCGGCGAUGUAGAUGGGCAGUAUGGCAUGGCCAACGGUAGACAUCCAUACGGAAUGGCGCCAUCCGGCCCGCCACCUUUCCAAGGCCAAAUGGACCUGAAUUCUACGGAUAGCCCGCCCGGCAAGCGCCAGCGCCUAAACCCAGGCGGCGGCAACUUUUAAAAACAGUUGCAAUAUUCAAGCCUCGAGGAGCGAGUAUCAGACCGUGAUCCAACGGCGACGACUCUAGGCACGCAAGAGACGCACGGCCCCCCGGGCCGGCUCUUUUGCGGAGGGCCUGGGCGAAGGAGAGUAGAGAUCUCCGUGUAUGCUGGAACAAUGGUGUGGCAGGCGCGACGAUUUGUGAUGGGACUAUUUCUGUCGUGGAUCGGUGUAUAUUUGCAUUGCGGCGAACGUCGGAAACCAAAAAUGGGAAUGUGAACUCCAAGUCGAGUCACUGGGUGUGGUCAAAAAGAAAAGAAUAUGCUUUUUAUAUACGCUGGGUUGGAACAAGGCGUGCGGCGCAACUUGUAUUUUUCUCUUACUAUUUUUAUUCGCGGUAGUUAACGUAUAGCAUGGCCUUUAAGGGCCCCUCUGAAUACCAAAAACAUUAGAUGAU